AUGAUCCGAGACUGUGCUCUUAAAUUGGUUAUUGAAUCUAUAUAUUGUACCGUCUUGCAUGUUGUGAAAUUGGAGGAUGCCAAAAAGGCCAGCUAUGAUCAUCUGAACGUAAGUUUUACACGAAGUGUUCGUGGCAAUAAUCUCUUAACAAUCAAUGGUAAAAAUUACACACUAAAUCGUCGAAUAAAAGAUGCGUGUUACUGGGAAUGUGUCAAAGUUCGAUGUAAAUAUACAAAAUGUACGGCUCGAGUUAUAACGAAACAAAAUCGAAUUUCUUCAUUGCGUGGUCAUCAUAAUCAUAGGAAGGACAGAAAAACUAAUAAAUUUGGAAUUUGGCUAGAUGAUAACUUAACAUUUGUGCGUAAUCGUCGUGGCGGAUUUAAUUUAAUAUAUAAUGGUUAUCUAUAUACAGCUAAGAGAAAAUACAAUCAUACCAUUAACUGGGUGUGCAAUAAAAGUAGCAACACAACGCUCAGAUGUCCGGCCCGUUGUAUUACGUCUGGCAAAAAUUCAAUCAAGCUUGGAUAUAAGAAACAUAAUCAUGCAACUAUUGUGUUAUAA